AUGAUUGUGCUAUUCCUUUUGCUGUGUAUCACGGAUGGAGUGGUCUCGCAGAUACGCUACUCUGUGCCGGAGGAGGCUGGACACGGCACGUUCGUGGGGAAUAUCGCCGAGGACCUGGGACUGGACAUGACCAAAAUCGCCUCACGCCGCUUCCAGGUUGUGCCCAGCUCGCGGACGCCGUACCUGGAAGUGAACAUGGAGAACGGGAUUCUGUUCAUCAACGAGAAAAUUGACCGGGAGCAGAUCUGCAAGCAGAGUGCCAGCUGUCUUUUACACCUUGAAGUGUUUUUGGAGAACCCACUCGAGCUGUUCCGCGUGGAGAUAGAGGUCGUGGAUAUCAAUGACAAUCCGCCCAGCUUCCCCGAAACCGACAUUACCGUAGAGAUCUCGGAGAGUGCAGUCCCCGGUACCCGGUUUCCCCUAGAGAGCGCAUUCGAUCCGGACGUGGGUUCCAAUGCGCUGCGCACAUACGACAUCACCACCAAUAACUACUUCUACUUGGAUGUGCAGACGCAGACCGACGGUAACAAAUUCGCAGAACUGGUGCUAGAGAAGUCGCUGGACAGGGAGCAGCAGGCGUCCCACAGGUAUGUGCUGACUGCAGUGGACGGGGGCCAGCCGCCACGGACAGGCACUGCUCUGCUGGUGGUCAAAGUGCUGGAUUCUAACGACAACGUGCCCGUGUUUGACCAGCCAGUGUACUCAGUGAGUCUUCAGGAGAACACACCGGUGGGGACCCUCGUUAUCCAGCUGAAUGCCACGGACUUAGACGAGGGGCAGAAUGGGGAGAUAGUGUAUUCAUUCAGUAACCACAUCUCCAGCCGCGUCAAGGACCUGUUCGCCAUAGACGCGCGCACUGGACGCAUCGAGGUGCGCAGUGAGGUGGAUUUUGAGGAGAGCAGUUUAUAUCAAAUAUUCGUUCAGGCGAAAGAUCUCGGACCCAAUUCCGUGGCCGCGCACUGUAAAGUUCUGGUGAAAAUAAUGGACGUAAAUGAUAAUGCUCCUGAUAUCACCUUCAGCACAGUGACCGAGUCGGUGAGUGAAAGGGCAGCCCCGGGCACCGUUAUAGCCCUGCUGAGCGUGACUGACAAAGAUGCUGAGGAAAACGGAAAGAUUCACGUUGAAAUCCUCGGUGACGUCCCGUUCAAACUCAAACCCUCUUUUAGGAACUAUUUCACCAUUGUAACAGAUGGACCCCUAAAUAGAGAGAAUGCUGACUCUUAUUCAGUGACUGUAGUUGCCAGGGAUACAGGGACCCCUUCCCUUGCCACCAGUAAAUCAAUCAAAGUGCAAGUGUCGGAUGAAAAUGACAAUGCGCCAACGUUUACGCAGCUCAUAUAUGAUGUGUAUGUGACUGAAAACAAUGUGCCAGGUGCUUAUAUCCACGCUGUGACCGCUCUGGACCCAGACGUUGGACAGAACGCUCUCAUUAGUUACUCCAUAAUGGAGUGCGAUAUUCAGGGUAUGUCUGUGAAAACAUAUGUGUCAAUCAACGAAGAGACGGGCUACCUUUACGCACUCAGAUCAUUCGAUUACGAGCAGUUAAAAGACUUCACUUUCAUGGUUCAGGCGAAAGAUGCAGGUAGCCCUGAGCUCUUCUCGAACGCCACGGUCAAAGUAAUCAUCGUGGACCAGAAUGACAACCCUCCCUCCGUUAUUGCUCCUCUGGGUAAAAAUGGCACUGCUAGAGAGCCUCUGCCCCGCUCCGCCGAGCCUGGCUACCUGGUAACCCGUAUCAUCGCCAUGGAUGCAGACGACGGAGAGAACGCACGGCUCUCCUACAGCAUCCAGCGGGGGAACGAGAACGGCAUGUUCCGCAUGGACUGGAGGACCGGAGAAUUGCGCACUGCCCGGCGCGUCUCCACCAAGCGGGACCCAAACCAGAUGUAUGACCUGUUGAUAGAGGUGAGGGACCACGGCCAGCCACCCCUCUCCUCCACCGCCAGUGUGUUCGUGGUGCUGGUGGACAGUGUGGUGGAGGACCAUCGGGAGAGGGGCACCGCCAAGUCCAAGGAGACAUCGCUGGACCUCACCCUCAUCCUCAUCAUCGCCCUGGGCUCCGUCUCCUUCAUUUUCCUCCUGGCUAUGAUCGUGCUGGCCGUGCGCUGCCAGAAGGACAAAAAGCUAAACAUCUACACGUGCCUCACCAGUGAUUGCUGCCUCGGGUGCGCCACAUGCUGCAGCAGGCAUGCGCGAGCCCGCAAGAAAAAGCUCAGCAAGUCCGAUAUAAUGCUGGUGCAGAGCGCCAACGUCACCGGGGCCGGUACAGCCCAGGUGCCAGUGGAAGAGUCCGGGAGCUUCGGCUCUCACCACCAAAAUCAGAACUAUUGCUACCAGGUAUGUCUGACUCCGGAGUCGGCCAAAACCGACCUCAUGUUCCUAAAGCCGUGUAGCCCAUCUAGGAGCACAGACACGGAACACAACCCGUGCGGGGCCAUAGUGACAGGGUACACUGACCAGCAGCCUGACAUCAUAUCAAACGGCAGCAUUUUAUCAAGCGAGACCAAACACCAGCGAGCCGAGCUCAGUUACCUGGUGGACAGACCUCGGCGUGUGAACAGUUCGGCUUUCCAAGAAGCGGAUCUCGUAAGCUCUAAAGACAGUGGUCAUGGUGACAGCGAGCAAGGCGACAGUGACCAUGACGCCACCAAUCGAGGUCACUCUACCGGCACUGAUCUCUUCUCUAACUGCACGGAGGAGUGCAAGGCACUGGGACACUCCGACCGCUGUUGGAUGCCCUCCUUUGUGCCCUCCGACGGGCGCCAGGCAGCAGACUACCGCAGCAACCUGCACGUGCCAGGCAUGGACUCCGUGCCCGACACUGAGGUAUUUGAAAGCCAAGAGCAAACGGGCAAUAAGUCAUUCUCCACCUUUGGCAAAGAGACCCCCCUCAGCCACCACCACCAAAACCACCUCCACCUCAGCCACCACCAUGCCACCCACGCCAACCAAGCCAAGUUAGAGAGGAAAGCGUUUGAGGCACUUCUGUCUAGCACGCGAGCGCCUUACAAACCUGCCUAUUUGAGUGAGUAUCCGCUUUGCACGGCAGCUCUGUAG